GAUGUUAGAAUAAGGUAUAAUUGAUGUUAGAUUGGUAUUUGUUAGAAUGAGAAAGGGCCUCAUUGGAAAAUUACCCUUUUGGAUGAUUUAGAUUUGGAACGAGAAUUAAUGUACUAUAAAAAUAAAAAUAAAAUAAAAUAAUUGUAGAAUGGGUAGCACAGGUUAUUCAAAGUUUCUUCAUUUGUUCAUGUGAGUAGUUUUAGAAUGGUACUCAAUUCUUGUGUGUUUAUAUAGAGGAGAUGAGAAUUUUUCACUUUCUGUUUAUGAUCGACAAUCAUGGUGUUUUCCAGGAUAUCCAUUGAUCUACAAUACUUAAUCAACAUUUUAGACUCUUUAACAUUCAUGUUAAAAAUGAGAAACCAUGCGAACCUGACUUCUUGGAAUGUGACUGUUAUACUUUGGGUAAAGUUGAAAAGCAAAAGAUAGUUACCUGGUAGUCAGUUGAGUGAUGAGUCAAAGUCCAGUUUUCUCUUCUGACGGUUCAAGUGGGAACUCAGAAGAGCAUGCUUGUAGCUUAGUUAAUGCAGUUUCACACCUGGGGUCUUUGGAUAUCUUAACCAAAGAGGAUCGGGCAAAACAUAAUAGACUUGGAAGACAAACUGACCCCUUGUUAAGCGUUUAGCAAGUGGUGACAUAAGAUUGUUUCUUUUAUGCUAUGGAAAGCACUAUAUCUAUCUGCGAAUAUGUGACUUGGUUUUGUGAAUUAUGUCUAACCUGAAAAAUUUAGUGUUAGUAUAUAUGGUUUGUAGAUUUUCCAUGUAAAUGGAUUCUGUGAGUCAUGGUCAUGUAUCUGCAGCCUUUGGUUUUAGUUCUCUCAGAUCUCUCUGGGAAAUGCGUUACUUGGGAUUUGAGUGCUGAUGAAUUUGAGGAAGAUGACCUGUUUUUUAUACUUUAAAAAGGGUUGGAUCCCAAAGCAAGUAUGGUCCAGUUCAUCUGAAUUUUAACUAAUGAAAUUUAGUAUUAGGGGUUACUGAACCUUAUGUCAUGAAGUAAUAUCCAUGAGUUAAUGGACCUGCGAAUUUGUCUUUUUAAUGAUAAAAUGGAGCUCCAAUAUAUGAAUAUAUACAGUAGGAAUGGUUAUUCUACGUGCACAUAUAUGAUAUAUCCAAUUACUUAAAUUGUACCAUAUAUGGAGCCAUUCCCAAUUUCCUCUAAUAAAUAAUUUCAGAUGCUUAAUCACGCAAUCCACGUUCCUGUGUAGCGUGGGACAGCCAAAAGCAACCAUUAAUUAGUUAAGUUCCUUGGGACCUAAUUAGAUGCUGCUUGCAUAUUACACCUGAGCUUCAAAUUUCCAUGCAUAAAAUCUGCAGCUUCUUUUGACUUUAUCUAUGCCCAAUCUUUAAUUAAGUAAACAAAUUAAUAAAAUAUUUUGAUUCUGAAAAUGUAGCUCCGAGCUCUUCAAUAUAAUUAUCAUUUUCCCAUGAAUUUAUGUAGAUAUGUAUAGUUUUCAAUGACAGAGAAUAAAGACAAAUGUUAUUUUAUUAAUUAAGGGAUAAUAAUCUAUAAAAAGUAAAAACUAGAGAGUGCCAAAAGCAAUUGAUCCAUGGUUGAAAAGGUGGUAUACACUUGAAAAAAUAUUUGAUAAUUAUGUAACGUAAAUCUUCAAAAUGUGCCCCUCUUUCCCCAAAAACAGAUCGCUGCAAACUCUCUCUUCCCAAAAACCAUCAACCCCCCAUCAAAACUCUCCUCUGAAUCCUACCAUAACCGCCAUGAUCAAAGCUCCCCCAGAACUCGAAAGAAGCCCCAGACCCAUCACCAACAAAGCUCACCACCACCCAAAACAACACUCAAGAACCAUCUUCUCUAUUCUCCCUCUCUCCUCUCCCAGACUCUCCAUCUUCAUCUUAGCCACCUGCGUCGCCCUCUUCGUUCUCUUCCACAUCCAAUCUCUGCAAACCCCACCUUCUUCACCGUCUCCACCAUGGUCCCUCAUGCACCAAUACUGGCAAAGAGCCACCACCACCCGAAUCUUCACCAACUGCACUACAAACCAGCUCGCCAACACCACCGUGACCGACAAGCUCCGAGACUCCGUCACGUUCCUCCCGCUGAAAGACCUGCGCUACGCUCAUGCAGCACUUGACGGACACACGUGGUUCAUGAGCUCCAUGUACGACACACACGAAGAAGGUGAGGUCCAGUACCAGCAGUUUCCUUCCGAAUCAUCGAAAGGGCGAAUUCUGUGCCUCAAAGGCCGUGACACACACGACGGGUCGUGGAACUCCUAUGCCUUGGCAUGGCAAGAGGCUUUGCCUCACAAUGCAACAUUCAUGAAAGGCUUAACGUUCGUCUCCUACAACCACUACAACUACGAGAACAUUUGGCAUGGCUUGUCGGCCGUGAUGCCUUUCGUGGCGUGGUACAAGAAGAACGGCUGCACCCAACUCCCGCAAAGGUGGGUUCUCUACCACUGGGGAGAGCUCAGGUUCAAGAUGGGGUUGUGGUUGAAAACUUUGAUGGAAGCUACUUUCGAUGGUCCUCAACACAUUGAAGGGUUUGAGUGGGUCGAAAACGAUGGGUUUUCGCCGGUUUGCUUUGAGACAGCUGUGGUGAUGAGGCAUAAUGAAGGAGGGAUGUCGAGGGAGAAGAGGAUGGAGGUUUAUGAUCUGAUUAGGUGUAAAGCUAGGAUUUACUGCAAUGUAAGCUCGGAGAAGAAGACGACCGUGCCGGAGAUCGGAAUGACUUUGUUUAUGAGGAUGGGGCCGAGGUCGUUCAAGAAUGAGACGGCGGUGAUUGAGAUUUUUGCUAAGGAGUGUGGUAAAGUGGAGGGUUGCAGAUUAAUGGUGGCUUAUUCCAAUAAUCUCACCGUUUGUGAGCAAGUGAAGUUGAUGAGCUCAACAGACAUUUUGGUAUCUCCACAUGGUGCCCAAUUGACAAACAUGUUCUUAAUGGAUAGAAACAGCAGUGUGAUGGAGUUCUUUCCAAAAGGUUGGCUGAAACUAGCAGGUGUAGGCCAAUAUGUACACCAUUGGCUUGCAAGCUGGUCAGGAAUGAAGCACCAAGGUGCUUGGAGAGACCCUAAUGGAGACCAUUGUCCCUAUUCUGAAGAUGAUCGUCGUUGUAUGUCAAUCUAUAAGAGUGGCAAAAUUGGAUUCAAUAAUACUUAUUUUUCUGAAUGGGCUAGAAAUGUUUUGAACGAGGUUAAAGCAAGGAAAAUGGAAGAAUAUGCAUUAGAAGGAACUUUUCCUUCUAGUAGUGCUUGUGCUUGUUCCUAGUUAUAAACUAAUUCUUUCUCUUUGAG